CAAACACAUUGCACAAGAAGUGACAUGUGUAGUGAUACCGUUUUUCACUUUUGAUCGAAUAAUGCUAAAAAUUUACUUAUUUUCCGAUCAAAAUGUCGAAAAUAUUCACUCCAACGAAUCAAAUACGAUUAACAAACGUGGCCGUUGUAAGGCUGAAAAAAGGAGGCUCGAGAUUCGAAAUCGCCUGCUACAAGAAUAAAGUAUUAUCUUGGAGAAAUAAGUUGGAGAAAGAUAUAGAUGAAGUACUUCAAACUCACACCGUUUUCGUCAACGUUUCCAAAGGACAAGUGGCCAAGAAAGAAGAAUUAGUAAAAAUAUUCGGUACAGAUGAUCAGACUAAAGUAUGUUUAGAAAUCCUAGAAAAAGGAGAACUUCAAAUAUCCGAUAAAGAAAGAGCUGCACAAAUGGAAGCAGUUUUCAAAGAAGUAUCUACGAUUAUAGCAGAGAAAUGUGUUAAUCCGGAGAAUAAACGUCCUUAUCCUACGUCGAUUAUAUCCAAAGCUUUGAAAGACGUUCAUUUUUCUGCUAAACAGAAUAAAUCGGCUAAACAACAGGCUCUCGAAAUGAUCCCAAAGCUACAAACUGUAAUACCAAUAGAACGAGCACAAAUGAGAGUUAAAGUAACUAUGUCCGGUAAAGAAGCUAACAAAUUAAAGGAGAAAUUAGUAAAAAUUGUUACCAAAGUCGAAGAAGAGAAUUGGGAUUCUUUCGAACUAACUAUGAUAAUUUUAAUUAAUCCCGGAGUAUAUCGAGAAAUAGAAGAAAUAUGUAAUUCGGUCAAAGGAACAACGUGUACGAUGGAAUUACUGAAUUUAAAAGAAGUCACACAAGGAGAAGAGUUCAUCGAGUGAUAAUUAAAAAUUUCCUGUUUUUUCAAAAUUUUCAAUAUUUAUUCAAUAAAUAAUUUUUAUAAAAACA